AUGGAUUCCAUAAAGCAGGGACACAGAGCUUGUUGGGCCCUUUGGUCGAAGGCUUCAUAUGCCCAGUACAUCCCCAAAAACAAGACACUCGGCAUUUCCAGCGCCGAAACCGUCGUGUACACCGUGAAAAAUCGCACUCUCCUCGAGAAAGCUAUUCGAUUCCUCAAGACCAACCACCGCAAUACUCAAGAGCCUCGCGAAGACCCACCGCUUACAGCGAACACAGUGAGAUGCCUCGGCCUAUUAGCCCUUCCACAGAGAGAGAAAACAGAGCUCCUGAAGGCGGUGAAAAGACUCCCGAAUUCUAACAAGGACCAACAGGAGUAUCUGGGCAUAGUUCAGCUCGCCAGAAAGACCGGUCGGGAGUAUCAAGCUCUUCCGCUCUGUGCGCCAGCCAAUCCCUACUGGCAGGUUACUCCGACCCAGUGGCAAUUGGAGAACCGUCAAUGGGACAUGGCGUAUCAACAGCACGGCUGGACAAAGCGUGAUUUGUGCUGGGAUCUACGGACGAAUUGCGGGAUCGAGGUUUGGCACGAACCUAAACCUGAUUUCUUGCCGGGAGACUCAGCCCCGUACUCGGUAUUCAGUAGACAGUAG